AUGACGACCAGCCAAGAGAUCAACAACGCGCGCUUCAGCAAGGAAGCACUAGAAUGGGAUUCGAAUCAGAAGCAUGUAGAAUCAACUUCAAAAGCACUCGAGGCCAUCAAGCGAUACGUGCCUGCAUUCAAAGAUGGAAGCAACAAAGAUCUCGAUGUACUAGAAAUCGGUUGCGGAACUGGCCUCCUUUCCUUCAUGCUAGCUCCACACGUACGCAGCCUCAUCGGCGUCGACACAGCAGAUGGCAUGAUAAGCGCCUUCGACACCAAGCUUGCGGAUCUUCCAACAGACCACCCAAACCUCUGUUCAGUAAACCACUUCCUAACGAACCCGGACUCGCAUGAGCUGCAAAGCGCAGCAGCGCUCCUUGCCACCCAUCGCGGAGAAGCUUCAUCGCCACCUUAUUCGUAUCGAUUCGAUCUUGUGGUUUCCCACCUGACGCUGCAUCAUAUCCCUUCGAUGGCGGAGAUCCUAGCGACUAUGCACAAGUGUCUGAACCCCGGAGGUGUGGUCGCGUUAACGGAUUAUGAGGACUUUGGACCGGAGGCCGUACCGUUUCAUCCGAUAAGUAAGAGGCCGGGUGUAGAGAGGCAUGGGAUUAAGAAAAGCGAGAUGGAAGAGUUAUUGUUAGGGACAGGGUUUAAUGAGGUGAGGGUUGACGAAGCCUUUGUUCUGCGGAAGGAGGUUGAUGCUGAGGAUGGGAAGCCGGCGAGAGAGAUGGAUUUCCCGUUUUUGUUGUGUUUCGGGGUGAAGAGUUGA